AUGGAAGGGGACAACACCAUCCUUCCUUCAGAUCUCAUCUCCUACAACUGGUUUCGAGGAGCAACCACUUCCCAGGAUACCCGGAUCCUUAAUUUUAAAUUCAUCAACCAUGGCCACACUCCAGGACCAGCCCACACUGGCCGGGAGACAGGCAGUGCUGAUGGUUCCCUGACCAUCACUGAUGUGCGAGUGUCGGACCACAGAAUCUACACCCUGCAGCUCAUCUCUGUGGAUGGGACCAGUGGCCAUCAUUCUAUGCUACUUGACUCUGAUCGGUGGUUUCAGAACCUCGAGGUGAUUCGAGAAGGAGAUGGACCAGCAACCUAGGACGGCAGGGCCCUCACCAUCCCUACAGUCACACGAAAUAACUCUGGCAUCUACCACUGCCAGGCCAGGAACCACCUGGGAUCCAGGCUCAGUGAAGCCCUCGUGGUUGAUGUGGCCUAUGGCCCUGGCACCCCCACCAUUACCUCACCAGACCCAGGUUUUGUGAUUGGUUCUAACCUCACCCUGAGCUGCCUGGCCGACUCCCCGCUCCCUGCACAAUACACAUGGAACACUAAUGGGGUCCCCAGGCCUGAGGGCCAGCCCCUCUUCAUUCCCAGUCUCUCCAGGGCACUCUCAGCCAUCUAUACCUGCAAGGCUUCACACUCCAAGUCCGGCUUGCAUAGCAGCGACUCAACAUUUCUACCUCUUCCUAAUUUUCCUGCAGAGACACUUCCCCAGCCCAAUGUCACAGUCAAUAACUUAGCCCCAGUGGAGCAUGUGGAAUCCAUCAGCCUGCAUUGCUUCCCCUCAAGAAGCACUGUGGCCAUCCAGUGGUACAUCAAUGGCCAGCAUCUCUUCAGUGGGGGCCGCAGGGAGCUGUCCUCAGACCACAGGACACUGACUCUGCAAAACAUCCCCAGGAACAACACGGGGCUCUACCAGUGUGAGAGCUGGAACUCAGCCACCAGCAGCAUCAGCAACCUGAUUCUCAUCGAAGUCAUUUGUGGCCCAGAUCCUCCCACGGUCAACCCUCCAGACACAGAGGUCAGGGUUGGCACAGCCCUCACCCUGUUCUGUUUUGCUGACUUAAACCCCCUUGCCCAGUGCUGGGAGGUGGAUGGGAAGCCAGGCCAUGCCACCCAGCACCCACUCACCCCAGAGGUCUCCCUGGGUCAGGAGGGCAGGUAUACCUGUGAAGCCUCCAACAGCAUCACUCACUCACCUUCGCAGCUCAGCCAGUGGAACGAUCCAGAUCUCAGUCAGGUGCCAAGACCCAUGGGGUCUGCUGACCUAUGGGACCGCCGCUGGGCAGGAAUCCUGCUUUCAGCCUCACUUUUGACUGUGUGGAGCCUGCCAGCUGCAGCCCAGCUCAUCCCUGACGCCAACCGGCUUAAAAUCACCCAAGGUGAGAAGGAUGUUUUUCCACCUGCAUUUGGGACCCCUUGGCCACCCCAGACUCAUGGUAGAUUCAGGGCGCUGGCCAAGCCCACCAUCUCAGUCAGCCGGGGCACUGCCAUAGAGCAUAGGGGAAAUGUGACUUUCUACUGUGGCACCAACGACGUCAACAUUACCAUCUACUGGAUCUCCAACAAUCAGCCCCUGGUGUUCAAUGAGCGCAUGCUGCAGUCCGCAGAUGGCAGGACCCUCACCAUCCUCACUGUCCAGCGGGAGGACGCCGGGACUUACCAGUGUGAAGUUUGGGGUGCCCUCCAGAUCCAGAGCAGCGACCCCACCUACCUGGUCGUGGACUAUGGUCCUGACCCCAUCCAAAUCAGCGUGGAGCCUGGUAUACCCACCAGGGAUGUGGUUGACGUGAUCAAGGGCACUACCGUGACCUUCUCAGUGGAAACUCAGUCUCAACCACCCGCUGCCUACUUAUGGUUUUUCCCCAAUGACUCUGGGCCCAUCACGAGCUCGUUUCUCACCACGAACACAUUUACCAUCUAUGCCGUGUCCAAGGAACACGAGGGCAUAUACAGGUGCUUGGUGUCCAACAGUGCCACAGAGCUGGCCUACCUGGGUACUAUUAAAGUCCGUGUCAUUGAAGGGCUGGCCAAGCCUGUGGUCAUAGCCUCAAACCAGAGUCUCGUGGAGAGCGCCAGCCUGGUGGUCCUGACCUGCCAGACAACACAUGAGGGAGUUGGAGUCCGGUGGUUCCUGAAGGGCCAGCUGCUUGUGCCCAGCGAUCGCCUGGUGCUGUCACCUGACAAUAGGACCCUGGCCAUCCAUGGCCUUCAGCGCAGUGACACAGGGCCCUAUGAGUGUGAGAUCUGGAAUAGGGACAGCUGGGAGCGGAGCGACCCCCUCAAGUUGAACAUCAGCUAUGGCCCUGAUCGAGUGGACAUCACCAUGGGGUCAGCGUCCGAAGUGGUUAACCCCAUCAAGGCAGAGCUCAACUCCAGCCUGACCCUGCAGUGUCGGGCUGAAUCCCAGCCGGGUGCUGAGUUUCACUGGACCUUUGAACCCUCCACCAGCGUCUGUACAGGGGAGCAGCUGAUCAUCGAGGCCCUGACUUGGGAACACCAAGGGAUUUACAGCUGCACGGCUUUUAACUCUCUUACCCACCUGACCCGCUCUGCCUCAGUCCAGGUCAGAGUGAUAGGUCCCCGGUCCUCCCUGUCUGAAGGGGCCAUCGCUGGCAUUGUCAUCGGGAUCCUGGCCGUCACUGCUCUGGCCACAGGGCUGGGCUGUUUCCUCUACAUCAGAAGGGGCAGAGGAUACUGCCUGUAG